GAUCACUUAAUGCGUGCUCAAUUCUAGCCGCAGUCAUUGUAUCACUAAUUUUUUCGAUCGACAUCUCUUUCGCGACCGAAGCUUUGCAUCAUGAAGGUCCACCAUCUGUCUUCGCUUCUUCUUCUUCUCCCCGCACUCUCAGUCGCCGUCGCCGAUUCAACAUCAGCCAGUGGGAGUCUGCAGGAUGCAUCCACCGCCAACGCUAUUGACAUAGAUGCACUUGCCGCCCCCAAGGUUGCCUCUAAAGGGACGCUGGACGCCCCCAUCGACGGCAAGGAUGGCCGGCCUCACGCCGGUCCAUGGGUGGAAACAAGCGCCGAGCGGGAUCGCAAAAAGUCAGGCUCGAGCGUGUCAAUGGACGACGUGACCGUGGCCGAUUAUAAAGCGACGGAACAACUUGGGCAUGACGGCAAGCCGAUCCCGUAUUCAAAUGACGGCGUGAUGGACGACCCUCAUCGGACGGGUCCGAAAGAAGGAACUCGAGGAACAGAGGGCGGCGUCACGGAGAAGAUGAGGGAGAAUCCGUUUCCCGGCGAGAAGACGCCGGAUAGUCCCAAGGAAGCUCCGCCGUUGCCGCACAGCGAGCAGCAGAAGCUGCCCGCGCAAAAUGAGGCCACUGAGGCGAAGGACCCCAAGAGCUUUACUGCAGAUUCGAGCCUGGGCCGACUCGAGAAACCCGCCGACUUGCCUGAGAAGCCCCAUGAUAUUCCACCUCCCAAGUCGCCCGCGACGGUGAAAGAGAGCCCGCUCGGUCUGGACAAGGAUGGUCACCUUCAACCGCAAUCCGGCGAUAUUCAGGAGGAAACCGCGUUCCAUUCGCUACUGUUCUCGUUUACCAUGAUCGUGGUUUCGGAGAUCGGCGAUAAAACAUUCUUGGUGGCCGCCCUCAUGGCGAUGCGUCACCCGCGCCUGCUCGUUUUCUCCGCGGCAUUUGGCGCGCUGAUGAUCAUGACGGUCCUUUCGGCUGUCCUGGGUCACGCCGUGCCCUCGUUGAUUCCCAAGUCUCUCACCAAGCUUCUGGCAGCGGUCCUCUUCUUCGUGUUCGGACUCAAGAUGCUGAAGGAGGGUCGUGAGAUGUCCCCCGAUGAGGGUGUUGGCGAGGAAAUGAAGGAGGUUGAGAUGGAACUGGAAGAGAAGGAGCAGCAACAGAUGCGCAUGAACCGCCGUCGCUCUUCCGUGACUCCUCACGCCUUGGAGGCCGGCCGCGUGGGCCGGCGCAAGUCCCGUUCAUCUGGCAACCGCCUCCCUUCGCCCCCGGAGAGUGUCUCAUCUUCUUCUUCGCGUGGAUCGUCACCUUCCCCCAACCGCUGGGGCGAUGUUCUCACUGGCAUGAACAACCUCUUCUCGCUUCUUCUUAGCCCCGCCUGGGUGCAAACUUUUGUGAUGACCUUUUUGGGUGAAUGGGGCGACCGUAGCCAGAUCGCCACCAUCGCCAUGGCUGCGGGCCAGGACUACUGGUGGGUCACCGUCGGCGCUAUCACUGGCCAUGGCCUCUGCACUGCUGCGGCAGUGAUCGGAGGAAGUGCCAUUGCUGGCAAGGUCAGCAUGCGUGUUGGUAAGUUCUUCUGUCUUUUUGGUUUUGUCGGAUUGAACGGAUUGCUAACAUGUCAACAGUCACCCUGGGAGGUGCUACUGCGUUCUUGGUUUUUGGCGUCAUCUACCUUAUCGAAGCGCUUUACUAAGACUUUUCUCUUCCUUUCUUCCCUUUGAGCCUUGCUGCUUUGUGGCAUGCUGGGCCCCUUGAUACGCAUAUACUUGAUAAUGCAUGCAUGUAUUCUCUUAGCC